AUGGACAUUAUUGGCCACAAAUACACUUGGAAAUGCCAUAUUCAUCAUGGGGGAGUCCAUAUUUAUGAAAUGAUCGAUAAAGCUUUGUGUAAUGUUGAGUGGAGAAUGCUCUUUCUUGAUGCUCAUGUCAAAACUUUGCUAAGGGUUGACUUUUCCGACCAGCACCCUCUCCUAAUUUCAUUGAAAGAUCUCCCUUGGCAAAGGAGUCCUAUAAAUUUCAAGUUUGAAUCCUCCUGGACCGUUGAAGAAUAUUUCGAAGCCAUGCUUUCUAGUACGUGGAAGCAGCAUAACAAUCUCAUUUCGAACCUUGAUCAUGUCAAGAGUGAAGCCAACAGAUGGAACCUUAACACCUUGAAAAUCAUCACUCAGAAGAAGAAUAAGCUCUUGGGCAGAAUUUUGGGGAUUCAAAAGAUCAUCCAAGAGGGUAGAAGCCAUCCAGAUUUAGAGAAAAUGGAAUCCAAGUUACAAUAA